GUUUUUGUUUUGGACUCUUAAGAUAGUUCGGUUUAGAUCGUCAGAACCUGUAUUCUAGUAUGACCACGGGCGUUUUACGAGUUUGGAUCCAUACAGAAGAUAAGGGAGAAGUGGAAUGGAGCGCACGGCAAGACGAAUUGACGUUCGGAAAUGCUUUGUUUGCAAUAUCCCAAGUUUUGCCCAAUGUGUCUGUCACAGCGUUUGAAUAUGAAGAUGAAGAAGGGGACAGGAUAACAGUGAGGACAGAUGAGGAACUCAAAACCAUGUUAGAAAAUUUUUUAGCUCAUGUGAGAAGUUCAGGCAGCACUGGUGAAUUACCUCCCCUUGUUAUCUAUCCCAGAGUUGGGAAGACCCCUCAAGACAGAAAUAUCCAUGGAUUAAAGAUCAGAACCAAGAGGGGUGGGGCUGGUGGAGAGCCACAAACAAACAAAGCUGCUUUGGUGUCUGAGCCUCAGAGGUCCUUAAGUCACAGCCAUAGUGAGAUAGAAGAGCUCCUACACCUGGGUAACAUAAAGGACACAGAUCUGCAGUACGUGGAGAUCCUGGGCAGUGGGAAUGGUGGAUCAGUCUUCAAAGCUUACCAUAUGCCUUCUGGGAAAGCCAUGGCUGUUAAGGUCAUACAGCUGGAUAUUUCCAAAGAUGUACAAAAGCAAAUUAUUUCAGAAUUACAGGUUUUAGAAAAGUGUCAUUGUGAAAAUAUCAUAAUGUUUUAUGGAGCAUUUUUCAUUGAAAACAGAAUAUCAAUUUGUACAGAAUUUAUGGAUGGUGGUUCAUUAGACAAAUACGGGGUGAUACCUGAGCCCGUCUUAGGUCGAAUGACUGUCAGUAUCCUCAGCGGACUGCUCUACCUGUGGAGCAAAAAGAUCAUGCACAGAGAUAUUAAGCCAUCCAACAUUCUAGUAAACACCUUCGGACAAGUGAAGCUCUGUGACUUUGGGGUUAGUACACAGCUGGUGAACUCUAUCACACAGACAUAUGUAGGAACAAAUGCUUACAUGGCACCGGAAAGGAUCCUGGGAGAGGAGUAUAGUUUACAGUCUGAUGUUUGGAGUCUGGGAGUCACACUGUUUGAGCUUGCCACAGGCAAAUAUCCCUACAGCACAGCCUCCCGGGUGGAUCAGCCCUUUGACUUUUUGAACUGUAUCGUAAAAAAGCCACCGCCGACAUUACCUGGCGAUUACUUUACCCCUGAUCUGAUCAACUUUGUGGACAGAUGUAUGCAGCAAGCCUCGAAGGACAGAUUGAAACCAGCUGGUAUGCAGUCUCACAGUUUCAUUUUGAGGCACAGGGACAACUUUGUGGAGGACGUAGCAGUGUGGGUAAGACAACGUCUACCGGAAAUCCGUGCUAGCGCGCAAAAUACAUGAGAACUGGCCUGGCGGUGGAUGACGGAAAUCCAUGCCAGCGCACAAAAUACGUGAGAACUAGACUGGCAGUGGCUAACGGAAAUCCGUGCCAGCGCACAAAAUAUGUGAGAACUAGAGUGGCAGUGGCUAACGAAAAUCCGUGCCAGCGCACAAAAUAUGUGAGAACUGGGCUGGCAGUGGCUGACGGAAAUCCGUGCCAGCGCACAAAAUAUGUGAGAACUGGACUGGCAGUGGCUGACGGAAAUCCGUGCCAGCGCACAAAAUAUGUGAGAACUAGACUGGCAGUGGCUGACGGAAAUCCGUGCCAGCGCACAAAAUACGUGAGAACUAGACUGGCAAUGGCUGACGGAAAUCCGUUAGAACUAGACUGGCAGUGGCUGACGGAAAUCCGUGCAAGCGCACAAAUUACAUGAGGACAUGUAAUGCUGUAAAAUGUUUGCUGUCGUACUUAAUACUAAAGGACUUGAACUGAUCAUAGAUUAUUCAGAAGUUUUACAAGUAGAACAUAAAAAUAUUGCAAUCUGGAACUGAUGGAGUGUUGUACUGAAUGUGCAUCUGUCAUAUUAAAGUGUUGUAACUCUAUCAUUUUGCAUUCUGAUUUUGACGAUGAGAUGCAUGUUUGUCUGUGAGAAACGGAAAGGCCUGCUAGAGGCUUCAGAAAAAAGGAAAAAUGACUAUUACAAAGGUUAUACAUGUAUUUAGUGAACGCUUUAAUAUACUUGUGUCAUGGUAAUGGUGUCCAAAUCAGUCAUGGGGCAUUGGUACUGGAACAUUAACGAUAAUGUUUGACACUUGUAAGAAAGGAAGCUGGAGGUCCAAUAGCGCCAAUAGAGCGCUAUGAUGUGGGCACCACUGAAUAAGUCUUGGGUUUGGGAACUAUCGUUAAUAUGUGCUGUUCGGGAGAACUUCUUUUCUUGUUUUAAUAAUUUAAAUUUUUGCCCGAAAAAGGUCCUAAAAGAACAAAGCCUUGUGAUUUAAUUAUGAAUAUGUUUGUUCAUUUUAUAAGGUGCCAGAAGCCUCCGCAGCUUGGUGGUUAGCGUGCUAGCGCAGCUCAAUCACUCAGGAGCCUGUAACCUAUGCGAUCGCUGUGACUUCCAAGUCCAGCUCUUGCUGGUUUCCUGUCUAUGUGGGAAGGUCUGUCAGUAACCUGCGGUUGCUGGCGACCUGUGCCCUGUUUCCUCCCACCAUAAGGCUGGCGCCAGUUGCAUACUAAUAAGUGAAAUAUUCUUCAGUACGGCGUAAAACUCCAACUAAUUAAAUAAAUAAAUAUACUAAUAAGGUGCUCAUGAAGUCCGAAUUUUUGAGUUGUAAAUUGUGAUAUCAUGCUUUUUUUUAAACAUAGACCGGAGUGCAAGACCACAGAGACAGUUUGUGGGAUAUCGCAUCUGUGGAGAUUUCGAAGCAAGAAUCUAUUGUUCUUAUUUGGAGUAUUAUUCUUUUGGGGCCUCCGUGGCCGAAGGGUUAAGGUGCAAGCACAGUGAUAUGAAUCCGGAGCCUCUCACCAAUGCGCUCACCUGUACUUAGCUAAUGCCAUGUCCUUAGCGUCGUCAUCGGCCUCCAGUAAAAAGGAAGUGAUAAAAUAAAUGUCAGUAAAAAUGUUUUUUCCCAUUUCGCUGUGUUGAAAUAUGUGGCAUAUUUUUGUCAUAUCCGUAUAUGACAAAAUGAAAUAUCUUUGAUAGCUUUUAAAUGGAUUUUAGAUUUACGUGUAGUUGCUUUUUUAUUUAUGUAUAUAUAUAUGUAUAUAGUAUUUCGUUACGAUGUAUUGUUAUUAUUAAGCUGUUUAUUUAUAGACAUAUAUAUUUGAUAUAAACCUAUAUACUGUAUGACCCUCAAACCCGUUUAACUGUUUGAUAGCUAAUAUCCCCAUAUAUGGCAAUAAUUAGGCGUUUGAUUUUGCAAUGUCAUGCAGGUUUGUAUGGAUUUGUCAGGUGUCCCGAACAUUAUUCCCAAAACUUGGAUUUUAGAGUUUUGGUUAGACAUUUUGAACUUUCUCACUGAACAACCAAUAAAUCUUUUUUAUUAUGGGUCUAUUCGCCAAAAUCGCCAGAGGCCCAUUAUAGAGGCAUGAAAAAAUGUGAAGAAAUUGCCGGAAGUAGUUUCACCCAAGUACGACGUGUCAGUGCGCUGAACGAAGUAGACUUUGUGUUAUGGUCAAAUAUUACCUUCCUUUCGUGAUGUUUUCUUCUUUGUUUUGUUGGGAUUUAUAUGUUAUGAUUAUGCAUUGAAUACAAAUUUUAAUUAUGUU